GGGCGCGCACGAAGACAAUAGUCAAUGAAUUAGCAGGGAAUAGAGAAAGGAGCCCCACGCAGUGCCCAGCGGAGUAAGCAUCCCGGACCCUGCACGUGCCCUGGGACGAGUCCAAAACCCUAACUAGGUGCUCCAUCUCUUCCUUUCUAUUCUCUCUCUCUCUCUAUCUCUCUCUAUUUUUUUUUUUUUCUCGGUGGUUUUUAAAAGAGUUUUCAGGGUAAACUAAUAGAGAGAUGGGAGAGAAGAAGAACAUGGUAGGAUAAAAAUCAUAACGAGGAAUUAUUGAAGAAAUUUAAUUAGAGCACCCCUAUAGAUUAAAAAGAAAGAAAGAAAGAAAGAAAGGUUGUUGUUGUUGUUGUUGUUGUUGUUACUAUUACUAUUAUUAUUAUUUCAAAGAAAGAAAAAUUGGGUUUAUCGGGAGAGAAGAGAUGGACCAGAGAGAGCAAGGAGGCGGAGGAAGAGGCGGGCCUUCGAAUAGUAGUAAUAGUACAGGAACGAACAGCAGCAGAAGCACGUCGGAGCAGCAGCAGCACCACCACCACCACCUCGUCUCCUUCGAGAGCCGCGGCGGCGGCGGCGGUGCGGCCUCUUUCAUGGGGUCCCUCAUCCACGCCCACGGAGGCGGGCGCGUGGACCCGUCCCUCGCCAUCUCCACCUCGUCGGCGCCGGCGCCCCACGCGAAGGCCCCCGACCCCUCUCCAUCGUCCUCCGGCGCCGCCGUAGCGACGACGACGAAGAGGUCGUCGAAGGAUCGGCACACGAAGGUGGAGGGGCGGGGGCGGAGGAUCCGGAUGCCGGCGGUGUGCGCGGCGCGGGUGUUCCAGCUGACGCGGGAGCUGGGGCACAAGUCCGACGGGGAGACCAUCGAGUGGCUGCUCCGCCAGGCCGAGCCCUCCAUCAUCGCCGCCACCGGCACCGGCACCACGCCCGCCUCCUUCUCCACCUCCUCCUCCUCCUCCGCCUCCGCCUCCCCCCCCCCGGCCCCACUCCUUCCACGCCCUCGCCCUCGCCGCCCACGACCCCUCCGCCGCCGCCGCCGCCAUGCUCGGCUUCCACCAGCUCCACGCCCACCACCACCACCACCACCCCCAUCCCCAUCACCAGCACCACCUGCUCUCCCCGGAGCAGCAGAUGACCGAGGGUUUGCAAAGCGCAGGGGGAGGGGGAGGGGGGGGGGAGGAGGAGAGCCCUCGUCCGAUACCUAUUUGAGGAAACGCUUCAGAGAGGACCUCUUCAAGGAGGAGCCCCAGAACACCCCUCCCCAGGACGCCGGCCCCUCUUCCCCGUCCUCCGCCUCCAAGUCGUCGAGAACCGCCGCAUCCGGCGGAGGCGACGCCGCCGCUGGCCUAGUGCGGCCCCCUGGCGGCGUCGUCUCCGCGGCGGCAAUGUGGACGGUGGCCCCGAACAGCGCUGCGCCGGGCGGGGCCUUCUGGAUGCUCCCCGUCUCCGCCGCGCCCUCCGCCGCCGGGCCGUCGGAGGCCUCCAUAUGGACGUUCCCGGCCGGGGCGGCCGGGCAGUACCGCGCGGCCGCCGCGGCGGGCGGCGGCGGCGGCGGCGGCGGCGGGAGCAGCGUGCAGGCGCCGCUGCAGUUCAUGUCGAGGAUCAACUUCUCCGGCGGGUUGGAGUUCCAGGGCGGCGGAGGCCGCACCGGCGCCCUGGGGCCGAUGACGCAGCAUCUGGGGCUCGGCAUCUCCGACACCAACCUCGGGAUGCUCCCCGCCGCCGCUCUCGGCGCUUAUAAUCGGGGAAUGAACUCCGACCACCAUCAUCAACCGUUGGAUCACCACCACCACCACCACCAACAUCAGCAGCAGCAGCAGCAGCAGCAAUCCCAUGCUCGCCAGCAGCAAGGCGCGGAUAGUCGAGAAGAUCACCAAACCAGUUCACAGUAGUAAACUUCAAGAGAAAAAGGAAAGAAGGUUUAUAUCGCAUGGUAGAAAUUAAUUAAUAUCUCCCCCUUUUUUUAAACCAAAAAAAAAAAAGGAAAAAAAAUCGAUUCUCUCUUUCUCGAUCCCUUCUCGAUUGAGUUAUUAGAAGCAGAGUUUUUGAGUGGUUUAAGAAUAUCUUUGAUCAGUGGGAGAAUACUAGCUAGCUUCCACGCUUCUUUUCCUUUCCUUUUCUCUCUUUUUUUUUUUUUUUUUUUUCUUUUCUUUUCCUUUAAAUUAUUAUCUUUCUACGCCGGUGAGUUUUUUUAGAAGCUUGUUGUGGGUCCAGAUUAAUUAACAAGGGCCACAAGAGAGUGUGCGAGAGAGAGAGAGAGAGAGAGAGAGAGAGAGGCAACAAAGAUUUGUAUGAGGAAUUAAUUAGUUUGUGUGCAGUAAUAAUUCCUUUUUACCCCUCUCUUC